CAUUAAAACCAGCAUCAGUCUCACACAAACACUCACACACUCGGCAAGCUUCAGAGACACUAGAGGACGACUAGAGGGCAGCAUGUCUAAUAUUGCAAAGCUUCUUUCUAGGAGGCAGGACAGAGGAGAAGGAGUGGGAACAAAUGAGAAUGCGGUUCCCUUCAAUAAGCAGGACUAUGAGAGCCUGAAGCGGGAAUGUCUGGCGAAAAAAACCCUGUUCUGUGACCCGACCUUCCCUGCUGAAUCCGACUCUCUGGGAUACAACGAACUCGGGCGGUACUCCUUCAAGACCAAAGGAGUGCAGUGGAAAAGACCAAAGGAGCUGUGCUCAAACCCCGAGUUCAUUGUGGACGGCGCCAAGCGGACGGACAUCUGCCAGGGAGCUUUAGGUGACUGUUGGUUGCUGGCAGCCAUUGCUUCUCUGACUCUGGAUAAUGAGAUUCUGGAACGUGUAGUUCCACCUGGACAGAGUUUUACGGAGGACUAUACCGGCAUCUUUCACUUUCAGUUCUGGCAGUUCGGUGUAUGGGUGGAUGUGGUCAUUGAUGACCGACUGCCCACCAGAGAUGGGAAGCUGCUGUUCCUCCACUCCGCCGAGGGCUCUGAGUUUUGGAGCGCUCUACUGGAGAAGGCCUAUGCAAAGGUAACCGGGUCAUAUGAAGCUCUGUCGGGAGGUACGACCACUGAGGGUUUUGAGGAUUUCACCGGGGGCAUCGCUGAGAACUAUGAGCUGAGCAAAGCUCCUCCGUAUCUGUUUAAGCUCAUGCAGAAAGCCCUGACGCUGGGCUCAUUACUGGGCUGCUCCAUUGAUAUUUCCAGUUCCUAUGAGACGGAGGCGGUGACGAGUCUGAAGCUGGUGAAGGGUCAUGCCUACUCCGUCACGGCCGCAGAGGAGGUUCACUUCAAAGGUAAUCCGGUUGAACUGGUGCGUAUCAGGAACCCGUGGGGUCAGGUGGAGUGGACAGGCGCUUGGAGUGAUGAUUCAAAAGAAUGGGAUAGCAUCCAACCAGAGGAGAAAGCUAAACUGGAUUAUUCAGCUGAAGAUGGAGAGUUCUGGAUGGCGUAUUCUGACUUCAUACAGCAGUUCUCCAAGUUGGAGAUCUGUAAUCUGACUCCAGACACUCUUUCAAGUGAGGAUGUGAGCCGCUGGAACUACAGCCAGUUUGAAGGCAACUGGAGGGUGGGCUCCACCGCAGGAGGCUGCAGGAACAACCCAGCUACAUUCUGCUCAAACCCUCAGUUUGUGAUCAAGCUGGAGGAUGCAGAUGAUGAUCCCUAUGAUGAAGAAGAUGGAUGCACUUUCCUUGUGGGUCUAAUGCAGAAAGAUGGUCGUAAAGACAAGCGGUUUGGACGAGACCUGAACACCAUUGGCUUUGCCAUCUAUAAGGUUCCAGAUGAGUUUAAGGGUCGCAACAAUAUUCAUCUCGGUCCUGACGUACUGCUGCGUCAGCGGUCCAUUGCAGGGAGCAGCACCUUCAUCAACCUGCGAGAGAUGAGCGAGCGCUUCAAACUGCCUCCUGGUGAAUACGUCAUCAUCCCCUCCACCUUCGAGCCGCACCGCAAGGGAAGCUUCAUACUGCGUGUGUUUACAGAGAAAGAGGCUGGUGCCAACCCGAUGGAUGCAGAGAUCAGUGCAGAUACAAAAAGGCAAUACAUAUCCGAGAGUGAUGUGGACCCGCAUUUCAAACACCUUUUCAAACAGAUUGCUGGAAAUGACUCAGAGGUGUCUGUGUUUGAACUACAGCAGACCCUGGACAGUGUUAUCUCGAAACGAACCAAUCUGAAGACAGAUGGAUUCAGUAUGGAAACCUGUCGCCACAUUAUCAGCCUGCUAGAUAGAGAUGGCAGCGGCAAACUUGGCCUUGUGGAGUUUCACACACUGUGGAUAAAGAUUCAGAAAUAUUUGGAAAUUUUUAAGAACCACGAUACAGACAACUCAGGCACCAUGAGUUCGCAUGAGAUGAGAGAUGCCGUGAAGGAAGCAGGGUUCCAGCUGAACAACGAAGUACUGCAGGUGUUAAUCUCACGUUAUGCUAAUCAGCAGUACGCCAUUGACUUCGAUUGCUUCGUCAGCUGCCUGAUUCGCCUGGAGAUGCUCUUCAACAUGUUUAAAACGUUCGAUAAGAAGGAGACUGGGAAAAUCGAGCUGGAUAUCUUGCAGUGGCUCUGCUUGACCCUCAGUUGAAAAUCCACUUAUCAUAAUUUCACAAGAAGUCCAUUUCCUGCAGUUAAACUAAGGAGGACACAGCAACUAAAGAACUGAACUGCUUUCAAAAUGUAAUUUGUUUAUGGUGCUUAUUUGCUAAAAAUAAAACCAUUUGCAAUAAUAAA